UCUGUUCCGUCACACACAACAAAAGCCCAAAAAAGUGAGACUUUUUGAACUGUCAAGUACAACAAAAUGGAUAAUAAUCAUCGCCAAAUCUCCGCCACGAAAUCCGACGGCGUAGAAGCUUCGGACGGUGUGGGACAGGGGAAGCUAUACUCUCCUGACCACGCGAUCAAAAUCGCUACAAAACGAGACGAAAACGUGGACCAGGGGAACCUAUACUCUCCUGACCACGCGAUCAAAUUAUCAGAGAAGCCUAACCCCAACCAAUCUGUGGAAUCAUCGGAUUCAAAAGAAGGAGAGAAGCAGAGCAAGACGACGAUGGUGUUGGGACUGAAGAGUCUUGCAUCGGUUAAGGAUAGAGUUUUAGAGAAACUAGCCGCUGCUUCGGUUCCGUCGGAGUCGCUCGAAAACACUAAGCAGUUUUUGGAAGGUGUGAUUAAGGAUGUCGCCGGAGCGGCUCAGGGGAUGACGAAAGACGCUUUGCACCGGAUUAAAACCCAUCUCACUGUUAUUCUCCCCUCUGUUUCUCCUGACGUCACCGGACAGAUAGUGGACGAUGCUGAGAAAGAAGCCAUUAAAGGAGAGGAAGACGAUGAGAGAAAGUCAAAAGAAAGCUCCGGAGACGAAGUCGCUGACAAGUUGCCGUACGUGUCUCCGACGUCUUCAUUCUUCGGCUCUCUCACCAAACCUUUCUCGAAGCUCUGAAUGAGUUUUUGCGUCUUACGUGUACAAGUUAGUCUAAGUUGAAUAAGAAAAAAAUCCUGAGAUUUCUGAAUCAUAUGAACUUUACAUGUUUAUUGCUCAUUUUAUAGUGUGAGUUUUGUGUAAUACAGAAUAGAGUUUCACACUUUUGUUGUCUUAUUUUUUUCUUUGUUAUAGCACACAAAUUUAGAUUUGAAUAUAAGAAAUCAAUGUUAAUGGACAUAAAGAGACCAAAGAGAUUCUUGUA